CUCCUAUGCACAAAAGGCAGUCCACUUUAUUGCCGUCUUUAUAUUUCGGCAUUCAAUCCGUCCCAUUUACUCCCAUUCAAUGUCACCAUUAAUGGAGGCCACCCUUUUCCUUCAAAAUUAGGUAUUCCAAAUCCCGACUUUGAACUCCCAUCUCUACUCCAACGAAUAUACAACUUCAUAGCCCGUUCCAGUACACGUGGCACCACCAAAUUGUGAGAAAUAUGCACCAAGCUCUAGUUCCCCCUGGCCUCCUUGCUUUCCCUCAGGCAGUGGCUCCCACUUGUUAUUUGGACCCAACGACCUCUCCUGGCAAUUUAAGACUGUGUAUGCAGAGAGCUAAACCAACAAGAGAAGAGCGAGAAGAGGUGGUAGCUGGUGCGAAGGAAGAAACCAGUCUGUCCUAUUAAAUGCCUCUCAUCUAUUCCACCUCCUUCUAUAAUACCAGUACGUUAGCUUGAUUCAUUACAUCGUUAUUACACCUACAACCCAUUUUAUUUAUAUCAUAUACAAAAAAACACACUACCAAAAGAGUGAGUUAUUGUCACUAGAGAGGCGGGGUAGAGCUCAUUGUCAUGGAGAGCAGCACCGUUCUGGUGGUGCUGGCAUGCAUCGCGGCGUACGUCUUGUGGUUCUCGCGGCUGGCUGUGGGCCUGCGCGGCCCGCGAGUGUGGCCGCUGCUCGGAAGCCUCCCCGGUUUGAUCCAGAAUGGCGAGCGCAUGCAUGACUGGAUUGCCGAGAACCUGCGAGCCACCGACGGCACCUACCAAACCUGCAUCUGCGCCAUCCCCGGCCUCGCCCGCCGGCAGGGCCUCGUCACUGUCACCUGCGACCCCCGCAACCUGGAGCACGUCCUCAAGACGAAGUUCCACAACUACCCCAAGGGCCCGACGUGGCACGCCGUCUUCCACGACCUCCUUGGCGACGGCAUCUUCAACUCAGACGGCGACACCUGGCUCUUCCAGCGCAAGACCGCCGCCCUCGAGUUCACCACACGCACCCUCCGCGCUGCCAUGAAUCGCUGGGUCUCUCGCUCCAUCCACCACUGCCUCCUCCCCAUCCUCCGCCGAGCCGCCGACGGCGCCACCGCCGUCGAUCUCCAGGACCUCCUCCUCCGCCUCACCUUCGACAACAUCUGCGGCCUCACCUUCGGGAAGGACCCUGAGACCCUCUCCCCGAGCCUCCCCGACAACGCCUUCGCCACCGCCUUCGACCGCGCCACCGAGGCCACCCUCCACCGGUUCAUCUUCCCGGAGUUCGUCUGGCGGCUCAAGAAAUGGCUUCGCGCCGGGAGCGAGGUCGCUCUCUCCGACAGCGUCGUCCACGUCGAGCGAUACCUCUCCGCCGUCAUCAAGAACCGAAAGCUCGAGCUCGAAGCCGACGGCGGCCACCACGACGACCUCCUUUCCCGCUUCAUGAAGAAGGGCACCUACUCCGACUCCUUCCUCCAGAACGUUGUUCUCAACUUCAUUCUCGCCGGCCGCGACACGUCCUCGGUGGCGCUAAGCUGGUUCUUUUGGCUCGUCUCCACCCACCCCACCGUCGAGCGCUGCAUUCUCCUCGAGCUCGCCGCCGUCCUCUCCGGCACCCGCGGCACCGACCCCGCUGCCUGGGUUUCUACUCCCCUCGUCUUCGAAGAGGUUGAUCGCCUUACCUACCUUAAAGCCGCUCUUUCGGAGACUCUCCGGCUCUACCCCUCCGUCCCCGAGGACUCGAAGCACGUCGCAGACGACGACGUCCUCCCGGACGGUACCUUCGUGCCGGCCGGCUCUGCCAUCACCUACUCCAUCUACUCGGCGGGGAGGAUGAAGCCGGUGUGGGGGGAGGACUGCAUGGAGUUCCGGCCGGAAAGAUGGCUCUCACCGGACGGGAAGCAGAUAGAGGCGCACGACUCGUUCAAGUUCGUCGCCUUCAACGGCGGCCCCAGAGUCUGCCUCGGGAAGGACUUAGCUUACCUCCAGAUGAAGUCCAUUGCCGCCUCUGUGCUUCUGCGCCACCGCCUUGCCGUCGUCCCCGGCCACCGCGUCGAGCAGAAGAUGUCUCUCACUCUCUUCAUGAAGCACGGGCUCAAAAUGAACGUCUACGACCGGGACCUCAAUGUCGUCGCGGAGGAGCUCCGCCCGCCGGAACAGCCCAAGGUGGCGGUGGAGAGUGGCGGCACCGCCGCUGCUGGCCUUGCGAAGUCUGUUCAGGUGGGGGCACAGCCAGUGCUUAAGUUUCUCAGUUCUUCUUAAGCUCAAGAAGGGUACGUAGAGUUAGAAGUUUGAAUCGAGGUGGUGUGGACGAAGGUAGAUAGGAAGUAAACAAGUUGGUGUGAGCUUGGCGAGGAGAGGAGAUAAGGAUUAUUAUGUGUAUUCUAGGAGCAACUAAUUCAAAUGUUACGCUUGAUGUGAUCGACAUAAAUUAAUAACAACAUAAUGGAGGUUAGUUGGCCAAAGAAGUGGUUCUGAAAAGGAAUCUCGAUAGGUUUUCUAUUUGCUCUGUGGUUAACACGUCAAUUAAUUAUGGAAUUGUACAUUGGAAUACGACGGCAUUAAUUUCAAGAGAGAGAAGGCUUUCUGCAAGAUGCUAGAGCCUUCACGUUCAUUAUGGGGGACGGAAUCCAUACCUUUUCUCUCAAUUAUUUCGUUGCUUUUUUGUAAUCGCUUUUCAUGGAUGCAUGCGGUGCUUUUACGGUUGUUUUAUUGCUACGUUUCUUUGGUUGCAGCCAUCAGCAUGCAGGCAACUGGCAGCAUUCAUUCAUCUUGAUGUCAAUGGCGGCAGAGC